GUGAAAAUGUCCGUACCGUCAAUAUAUUCAAGUCUAAGAUAAAAUAGAUUAAUUUUAUGGAUGGGCUGAAGUAUGUACGACUAUUGUUAGUGAUAAAUGUCACGUGACACCGACAUCGAUUUUAUUUGAAUAAUCUAUAUAUUUAUUAACAGGAACAUCCUUACAUUUAGCUACAUGUAGUUUAGGAUGAAGCCACAUAUGUUAUAAUCUAACAUCAUUUUACAAGAGACUGCAUUUAAAUGAGGGUAUUACCCUAUGAGGGAUAUGUGACAUUCAUCAAUGGAACAAUUGAUAAUAGUAUUUAAAGUAAAAUUUUAUAUAGACUGCUGCAAUCGUGUGCUGAAGCAACAGUUAAUGCUAAUAUUAUUACAAAUGAACAAAGUACACCAUCAUUUCGCUGACACUGGAUUAUAAUAAGAAAUCUUUUCAUGGGAGUUAUGGAGUUCUUUAGAGAUAUCUUUAAGAAGGUUGAGAAUUUAUUCGAUUCCAUGGGACUCAAGAAAUAUGAACUCUCCGACUUUCAGAAGAAGAAACUUCUGCAUGAAUUCCACACAUUCUAUGAUGCUAACAAGGAUGGCUGUCUGGAGUGGAAAGAUCUCAAUUUGGCUAGAGAGAACAUUUGCAAAAUGAAUGGAUGGAAAAUAGAUUCAGAAAAGUACAAACAUGCGCAGGAGUUGUUCACGGAGAUAUGGCGUUAUCUGCAGGAUUCCGCUGAUGGGGACUUUGAUGGUAAAGUUACAGAAGAUGAAUGGUUGUUGAUGUGGCAAGGUCUUCACAGAGACCAUCUUCGGGCAGUUCGAGAAGGCAAGGCUGAAGAUGAUAGUAUACCCCGAUGGCUCGAGAAAUACAUAGAAUAUAGAUUCAAUUUAUAUGAUAGGACAGGAGAUGGAAUUAUAGACAUUGAUGAAUUUGAAUAUGUUCUUGGGGAAUUUGGCAUUUCCCCAAGAGAGAGUAGAUCUGCAUUCACUAUUCUAUCAAAGUGUGGCGUGGGGCAGGCUGUCUCACCUACAGCACCCACUCAGGAUGACCAAGGUUCAACAGAGCCGUCAGAACAAGAUGCUAUGACAUCUGGGUCGACAGUCACCGUAGACCAACAGGAGAUGAAGCAUAGUGCAUUUUAUGUUGACCUCAAUGAGGAAGAUUAUCCCGAUACCUCCACUAAGGAUAAAUGGUGCCAAUGUGAGAUAUUGAAACCACCAGAGCAUGGUGAACGUAAGGUAGAUUUUGAAUAUUUCCGUGAACUGGCCAUAGAGUAUUACAGAUCCGACGAUCCGGGUGCUCUUGGAAACUUCAUCACAGGAAAACUAACAUUUGAUGACUGACAGUGUUGCUGCCCUACUACUAGUAAUCCUGUUCCCAAAUCAAUAAAGGAUCAUAUGGAAAUGUGGAACAACAUCAAAGAAUUCAACAUUCAUCCGUUUCUGGAAUUAUAUACUGUUUUUAAACCGAGGACAUUCAAUUGUUUUUAUUUUAUAUAUUUCUUAACGUUUUAGAUUGUUCGCCUGUGACAUAUGCUCGAAAACGAUUAAUCGUUUCCCUGUUAUUCUCAUAGAUUGCAUUCCAUACUUUUUGUAAUUAUUUUGAUUUCUUUUGUUAAAAGAUCAUUGUCAAUCAAAUCUAGCCCAGCCAAACCAUAGGUCUAUACUUUCCCCAAACGUAGAAGUUUAGAUCCGGAAUUUGACACAGACAUUUAUAAUCAGCUUCGUUCUAUUUAUUUAAAGAUGUCACCACAAACAUCAUUUAUAUUUUUAUGGUUUAUUGAUUUUCGGCAGUUGCCACUGAUUCAUUUAUAGUUUUCUUAAUGAUAUAAUGGUAUUUCACAUAUUUUUGUUGCUCUAUUGUAAUGGAAAGGGUUGCUCUAUGAACAACUAAACGUUGUAAAUAUUUAAACAAAGUAUGCUUAUUUUAUAAUUAAUGUGUCGAUUUA